CGCCCGUCAUGUUUAGUGCACCCCCCUCGCACCCUGGGCAUUACAAACUCCCGGGACUAACACAGUCUACACCAAGAUGAUGUACAUAAGACCAGCCCGCUAGAUCGCCGGUACGCCUUUGGACGGCUCGCACCCUCGACAUGUCUCCCUCCGCGCUGCCGCUUUCGGCUGCUUUUGUUGCGCUGGCUAUCGCGAGCGCAUGGUUCUUCGUAUCGCGCAAAAGUCCCUACGAACAUGUCCCCGGGCCCCCUUCGACGUCCGUCAUGGGAUAUCUACCACAGUUGCACGACGAACGGUCGCUGGAAGGCCUGCACUACGAUAUGUGCAAGAAGUACGGACACGUCGCGCGUUUGCGUGGGGGAUUUUUUGGAUUUCAAAAGGACGCGCUAUAUAUCACAGAUCCCCUUGCAUUGCACUCGAUCUUGGUUCGCGAUCAGCGUAUCUUUGAGGAGUCCGAAGAGUUUAGAGGCUUGUUCGGUAUCAUCCACCACGGUGAUCAUUCCGCAACCGCGUAUGGCGCCGAGCACAAACGCCUUCGUCGCGUACUCAACCCUGUCUUCACUGCCGCCUUCGUGUCCAAGUUGUCGCCCGUAUUCUACGGCAUAGCCUAUCAGCUGCGUGACAGGCUCUCCGCCAAGGUCAACGGGGCGCAUGAGGGAUCGGCGAUCGACAUGCUCGACCUCUUGACGCGCACUGCCCUCGAACUCAUCUCCCAGGGUGGCCUCGGGCACUCCUUCAACAGCUUCUCCGAGAAGAGCGAGGAGUUCAACACGUUCCACGAGGCGCUCAAGACAGUUCUACCAAUGAGCGGUCGCCUGUUUCUGGUCUUGCCCUUCUUGAAUAGCUGGCGGUCCAUGAAGCCAGACUGGCUUCGAGGUUUCUUAUCCGCGGCAGUCGCCUAUGUUCCCUGGCCAUCUGCGCGUCGGUUCAAAUGGGCGGUAGACACUAUGCACCCGGUCUGCAAGCGGCUCUUCUUGCUUAAGAAGGACCUCAUCUCGCAGGGCAGCAUCAGCGAGCUCGAGAAGACCGUUGCCGGCGGAAGGGACCUGUCUUCGCUCCUCAUCGCGCGCAACUAUGAGAUUGAAGACGCCGACAAGAUGGAUGACGAGAUGGUCAUCGCGACGAUGAGCUCCAUCGUGCUGGGAGGCCAGGAGACGACCGCCGGCGCGCUAUCACGCCUUCUGUGCCUAAUGGCGGAGAACCCGGGCCUACAGCAGCGUCUACGCGACGAGCUGACCGCCGCACGUGCGAACAAGGGCGACGAGGAGCUGGACUACUACGAGCUCAACGACCUCCCGUUGCUCGACGGCGUCUGCCGGGAGGCCCUCCGCCUCUUCGCGCCCGUCACCUUCGUCUGGCGGCAGACGUACGAGGACGCCGUCGUGCCCCUGCAGUUCCCGAUCGUCGACCCGAAGACGGGCGCGGAGACGCGCGAGCUGCUCAUCACGAAGGGCACGCCCGUGUACGUCGGCAUGGGCGCGGCGAACCGGUCGGAGGCUAUCUGGGGCGCGGAUGCGGGAGAGCUCAAGCCGGAGCGGUGGAUGGGGAAGGCGAUCAAUGAGGGGACGGCGAAUGGGGUGAAGAUGCCGGGGAUAUACUCGAACAUCAUGACCUUUUUGGGCGGAGGGAGGGCGUGUCCCGGGAUGAAGUUCGCCGUCCUUGAGAUCAAGCUCGUCUUGUCCGUGCUCAUCCCCGCGUUCGAGUUCGUGUCGUGCCCGGAGGAGAUCGACUGGCGCCUCGGGAUCACCGUGGGCCCGUACGUCAAGGGGAAGGAGGAAGCGGGGCCCAGCGUGCCGAUUAUGGUGAGGAAGAUCGCGGCGUAGUGGGUGUAUAGACUGUCGUGAACGGGUGGUUUGUUUGCGUACGCUCGGUUUGAAAUCCGUAUUUUGCAUUGAACGACGAGCCC